AUGACCAACGGGCGGGCGUUGUUCAGCUGUGACAACUGCGAGAAGACAUAUUCAAGUUACGUGUCGCUGCACAUGCACCAGAAGGUGCACACCGGAUUGACCACGUGCGCGCUAUGUGGAAAAACGAGCAGUCGCGUCAGUGACCUGCGCAGACACCUGCACUACGUGCACAGGCUUGAACCUUGCACGUGCAGCAUCUGCGGCCGCACCUACUCCAGCCGGAGCUCGCUGCUACACCACCGCAAGGUGCACCAAGGUGCCACGCGCUGCUCUCUGUGCGGUCUGGUGGCCAGCAAGGUGGCCGGGCUGCGCACGCACCUGAGGCGGAUCCACAACCUCUCCGCGGAGGAGAUGAUGCGUCUGGUCCCCACCCGGCGCCGCUACCACUACUGA